AUGCCUGCGGAGCUCGUAGGCGCCUCCUACCGCUGCUCCACCUGCGGCCAAGAGCUUGCUGAGGCCGCAUCCUUGCUGCCGGCAUCAGAUUCACGCGUGGUGCCCUGCUCCGGCAUCACGGCUCGCAGCUGCGAAGUUGCCGGCAAAACAACUCUGCAGUUUUCCACGUGCCAAUCCUUCGUCAUCAAUCCCUUCCCUCGACGCUUCGAGCUGGUCCUGGUGGAGAAGAUUGUUGCCAGAGCCGCCUCGGAAAUAGGCCAGAAGAUACCUUGCUAUUCUGGUUCAGCCGGCGAUCUCCCUGUGUCAGGACCACAUUGGCCUCUAGGAAGCAAGGAUGCCGACUGGCGGCUAGGCAGGACUCUGGAGUCUUUUUUGACGGCCCCUCCACGACGAGAGGAGCUGGAACGUUUGCUCGGUUUUAGCUUGGAUCCAGCUACCUAUCGGAAACUGGCAGCUGGGCCUUCCGGCUUGCCAAAGCCGGGUGGCAUGGAUGAGGCCCCUCCCAACCCUCCUGAGGAGCCAGAGCCUUCGGAGCUUGACCUUCCGGAGGAGCCAGCCCCUCUGCCAGCACCCAAGCUGGAGGAGACCAGCUCUUUGGUGCAGGCAUCGCAAGACGGGACCCCGCCGAAGCCCAAGCCUCCAUUGUCUCCUGGAAGCCCGGUCGAGAUUCUUGCCGUGAAGCUGGCCCCCAAAGCUGGCCCGAGAAAAUCCUCUCCAACAGGGUUGGCCAGUCAGCUUGCAGCCUUGCCACCGGCAAAGCUCAAGGAGCUUCUGGCAGUGGUGAACGACAAGUGGCUGGCGGCUGGGCCUAAGGACUUCGUUCACCAUGGAGGUGAUGAUCCGACACGGCGCAAGCUGGCGUUCGAUGGCCCAGUCUCCGAUGGUGAGGGCUCUACUUCAGCCGGGAGUUCAGGCUCGGCAUCCAAUCCGGACCAGCUGGAGACCCAGCUUUGGGCUGCGGAGCCCGAAGCCUACAUAAAUGAUUGGCUGGCGAACGAGCGCGCUGAGCAUGCAGCUGCCCGGGAGGAGGCCGAGAGCAAGAAACGUGAAGAAGCUAAGGAUCGGGAAGUCAGGCAGCAGCGCUUGAACCGGACAAAGCCCAUGCUCGAGGCGGAGUCUGCGAUGGUGCUCACACGGCAGCAACAGCUGGCUUUGUCCGCCGGCAAGAAGGGCAAGUUGCCGAAGGUCGACACGGGCCCCGCCAAGGCCCCUGCCGAGUCAGAACCUGAAGCUGAACGUGACGAGGAGAUGCCCGACACAGAGUUGUGCCCCCGCAAGCCGAGGGCCGCUGCGGGCACAGCCAAGGCCAAAGCGAAGGCCAAGGCCAAAGCUUUGCCUAAGUCCGGUGGGAAAAAGUCGAAGGCUCGUGAGAAUCAUGAAGAUGGCGACGAGCCGACUGACAAUGAUGGCUCAGCACCUGCUCCUUCGGUGCCGAAGAAGUCCAGGAAGCUUCUGAGCAAGCGGUCGAAGUGCCGUAUGGUCUUCAAGUGCAAGAAGGGUAAGAAAAAAGCCAGGGCAGUGGAAACUGCUGAUGACGACUGGACCCUGUAUUACGGUGAUGAUGACGCUGGGGGGGAGGAAGAGGGGGAAGUAGAGGAGGAAGCUCCUCCUGCUGAUCCCCCUGCUCGGUCUGUUCGUGCGAAGAAGGCGAAGACGGCCCACGUGGAGGAGCCGGAGGCGGAGGAAGAGGAGAACGAGGACAAGGAGCAGGAGGACGAGACCCCCCCUUCCACGUUUGCCCGCCGAUAUUGCCCGGCACGCCCACUUUUCCGAGCCAAAUGGAUGGGAAUCAGGGAAGCCUUCCAGGUCCGCAUCUUGCCCUUCGUCAAAUUCCCGUGCAAGCUGGAGGACGAUGACUUCUGGAAGUACGUGGCCCAGGCUACUAAGGAGGACAAGAUCACUGACCCAGCUGCCUGGGCGAGGGUGGCCAAGAACCUCACUUUUUCCUUUUUGAUGGACGCUGGCAUCAGCAAGACAUGGUCCAGCGAUGGGGAGGAUCUCUUCAAUGGUAAGAAAAAGGCUACCGUGAAGAGAUACGAGCAGGUCUUCAUCCUCGCCGUGCUGUGCCUGUUGUUCAACGAACGCUUCAGGACUCAGAAGGAGUUUGUAUUCGUCGAGCACUAUGCGGGUUCCAAAGUCCUGUCUGGGGAGAUCGGGUCCAAAUACGGGCGAACUGCUGCAUUGGACAUCGAAUUUCACCGUGGAAUGGAUAUUCUAUCUCCAGCCGGCUUUGCGAGCGCUGCACAUUCUGUCCAUCCUGUACGGACGUCGCUCAGGCUUCACAUUGUGGUCUGGCCUCCAGUGUUCCUCUUGGGUCUUCGUCUGCAGAUUCUGGAUGAUGCACUACAAGCACAAGUGUCCAAAGAGGUUGGAAAAGAUGGUCGGGUGAAGUUUUCUGGAAAUUCCAUGUUGAAAUACACGAAAGAGUUUGCCCAGCACAUGGUCAAGCUCUUGCCGGGCUUCAACGAGUCCGCGGCUCUGCGUCCCACCUCCAUGAUAGAUACCUCGACGAUUGACAAGCUUCGGAGCAUGGAUAUGGGUGCACAGGAUUGGUCGGAAGCUGGCGUUCCGGAGCUACUGCAGUACGUAUACGGAGCUAGGGGGUUGGUCAUCCCUCCAGACUUGCAACAGGCCCUGGAAAUUUCUCAGUGUGAUGUCAAGACCGAGCCGGCCACAGACACGCAGAUCGCCGCGACGCGCAAGCUGCCCAAGCCUGAGCUGCUGUACAAGAUGGAGAUUCUCAAGGCAGCCAUGACUGCCCAGCAGGAGGAGCUUCAACAGCUCCGUGAGCACAAGCAGGAGGCCCAGCAGCCUGCGGCCGUUGACAAGCCCGUGCAAGCAGUGCCGGCUGAGAAGCCAGCGCUGUCUCAGCCUGCGGCAGGGAAGCAAGCUCCGGCAGCGGCAGACUGUCGUUGUGAGGUUGUUAGCAAGAGCCCGAGUUCUCGAGGCUCCAAGCGCCCGUGCCCUGCGACAGCAACGGAAGACCCGAAACCGAAGAAGGCGGUAGGUACUGAUGCCGAAGACCCCGAACCUGAUUCGGAUGAUGAGCCACCGAAAGUGCUAAACUUUAGCAACCUUAGCAAGCUUGAGAAGGAGAAGGUGAGGCGGAUCGUCACCCCAAAGAAAGGUUCGGGGAACUUGGAGGUGCCAGAGAACAUCUUCGAGAUGUGGAAGGACGCUGCAAAGGGCAGGGACAAUUUGUUCCGCAUGUGGGCAAAGUCCGGAGGUGUCAAGGCUGUCUUCAUGGAAUCCCUCGUCAUCAUGAACCGUACGACCAGAAGCAAGAAGCUGGAAGUGAAAGGUGGUUUCUACAGUAAAGAAGACAUGAAGAACGAGCUGAGCUACUCGCAGUCCCGCAUCGAGAAGAUCGCCGCCUGGGCCGAGAAGAAAGGGCUGGUUCGAACCUGUGAGUACGAUGAUGAGACUCUCGAGUUCUGGGUCAAUACGAGAACUUUGGGAACCCUGACAAAAGAAGACAUGGAGAUGUUGGAGCGCGAGAAGCGGUACUCGGGCGAAGGCGGAACCGACUUGACCUUCACCCCGGGAGUUCACCUUGAUGGCUUCACGUUCUCUGACGAUGACGACAUGAUUCACAACGGCACUAAGGAUCUUGAGGGUGAUCAUCACAAGAGUGUUGCAUCGCAGAUGAAGGAGUACAUGAAGGGUGUGCUCAAGGGCAAGAACUCCCUCGAGAGCUUCGUGGACAAGGUCAAGAGGUCAGGUCUUGCUGAACCAAAGGACUCCCAGAUUCAGUCCGAGUGCAAGAGCUUCUUUGUCAAGGCUCAGAAGAUGAUUGCCAAAGCUGCAGCUCUGGAGGCUGGCAACAAGUCGAUGCUGGUGAGAGUGCGCAAGGCGGCGAAGAAGGACAACGCAUGCAGCUACGACAAUCCGAACGUCAGCGAGCAAGUCCAUCUCAUCGCUGCCAGAUGGAAAAGUGAUUCCGAAGACGAUGAGAUGCAGCAAUACCAGUCAGAUCUCGACAUGAGCAUGGAUACUCAAACUUCGGAGGCUUCUGCAAGCACUCGAGUUCCUGACACCCCGACCUCGCAGCAUGUGCUAGAGCCGCACCUGGAUGGGAAGUUUGUUUCCGAAACCACGCUGGCUUCGAAGAUUCUGUGGCAUUGCGUUGAGGAGAUUAACGCACUCCGGCGGAAGCAUGGGGGCACUGCUCUUUGUGUGUUCAAGAUUGGUCUCACGUCCGAUCCUGUUCGGCGAAGCCAAAGCUAUUUCGAUCAGAACUUCCAGUCCUUCCUAGUGCUGCACAAGGUAAGCCGGCCAGAGCUGCUGGGGAUGCUGGAGAUGCUUGAGGCUGCAUUGAUUGCAGAAUUUCAUGAUGGCGAACGCUGCUGCCGAAACAAACAAUGGGGCGGUGAGAGUAUGCGUAGGAUGAUUGGCUUUUUCCUGCUGUCUCGUUCCCAUUUUAACACUUGCUCGGCCAAGGUCCCCGCGAAAGAUCUCGUCGAGGAUGCCCGCACGGCCCUGAAGAGAGAUCCUUGCGAGCUGUUGGCCAAGAUUGCAAAGAUUAAGUUGUCUAGCGCUGAUGCUCCCCUCUACAACUUGCUGCAGAAACAUGGGCUGGGUUUGCCUAUUGACUUUAGCUGGCAGCAGGCUGGCAGGGUGCUACAGUACCCUUUCAUAAAACCCAAGGCCCUGGUGGAAGCUAUGAGCGAGCAAGGCUACUUUCAUCGAGUAUUGGGGCUGCCGGUUCACUUAGCAUCUGAAUCACUUGCUUUGUUUUGGACGAAGUUUCGAGCACUGCACCCUCAACACCAAGUCUUCCAAAACCCUGGCAAUCUUGAUUAUCAGAAACUCAUCCCCUACUACUUGCAUGGUGAUGGGGGGCGAGGGUACAAGAAGGAUCCCAUCGAGAUCUUAUCUAUGUUUCCAGCCCUUGGUAGUGGGUCGAGGAAGAGACCUGUUGACUUAAGUUCGAAGCGACCAGCAGAAGCUGAAAUCGAGCUUGGUAUCAACUUGCAAGGGAAUUCCGGGGCCUCGCGGUUCUUGUUUUCUGUCGUCAGCAGUUUGGUGGCGAAGGAAGAUGCACAAAUAUUCGAUGAUCUCAUGGAAAUUUGGGGUCGAGAAUUGCGGUCGCUCUUUGAGCAUGGUUUUCAUGCCCAAGGGAGCACCUGGCGCAUCCUUAUUCUGGGUUUCACUGGGGACUCUCCUUUCGUGAAGAAGGUCGCAAAGAGUGUCAGAUCGUUUCAUAAUGUUCGUAAGGGCUUCACUUCACAGAGCGUUCAGACAGGGUGUUGCUGGCUGUGUAAUGCUGGUUACGAAUCGCCGGAGGACCGUAUUCAUAUUCCCUUCGAGCAUCUGGGCUUCGCUCAGCCUGCUUGGAUUCAGACAGGCGGACUGAGCAACCCGCUGCCGUGGACUGGUGAUGGAGGCGCACUGCUGCGACACAUGCUGGUGGAUGCAGGCGACACGCCUGCAUCUUUCUUCCGAGCAGAUUUUUUUCAUGUCUGGCACGCUGGUGUAGGCCAGGAUUUCACUGCGAGUGCAUUGGUCUACGCCAUGAAGGUCCUGAUUGGAUUGGGGGGUGUAGUUCGCGACCUCAACGCCGUGAAUGCCCUCCUGAAAACAUGGUUGCGCGACUCAAAGAGCAAGCUCCAUUGUGGACGUCUUACGCCAGAUUUAUUGGGGUACCACGGCACGCGGGAGUACCCUGAGGGAAAGUGGUCCAAAAACAUGGACACAGCGGUGGUCACGAAAUUCAUCGUUCACUUACUUGAACUCCCUGAUUUUGAAGCAACAGUGCGGGGCGACGACAUCUUGCGGGAGAUUUUGGCAGCUGCAAAGGCAAUAGGCCGGGUGAUUUCAACGUGCAUGCGAGCAGAGUACUUCAUGUCCUCCGAUCAUACGGAAGCUGUCUUCCGAAGUGGCCACGAAUUUCUCAUGCUAUAUUCGGCUCUCGUGCAGAAGUGCUACGAUCGAUCAUUUUGCCUGUUCAAGCUGCGGCCUAAAAUCCACUACCUCAACCAUAUUUUUUUACGAGUCUAUCAGGAAUGGUUGUGCGACGGCUUCGCCGUCAAUCCUAUGUCUGAGGCCGGACGCAUGCGCUUUUGGGUGACCCUGCUCAGUGGCGAGAAGGCCUGCGUUGUCGCGCAAAGCAGCGACACGCUUCGCCAACUCCGAGACGUGGCACAGCGAGCACUCGGCAGGCCUUUGCUGGGCUUUGCUCCGUCCGACUCCCCCGGCGAGGUGCCUUUGCCCUUGGAUGCCACGAUUGCGGAGCUGAAUCUUCCCCAGGACUCCGUGCUUGCAGCCCUGGUCGGCCGCUUGCGUGUGCAGAGCACACGAUUUGCCUUCGCAGCUUGCCAGGGCGAUGGCUCGGUGGUGUCAUGGGGUUCGCCUUUCGCUGGUGGAGACACCAGUGAGGUCGAUCAUGAGCUGAUGGACGUCCAGGAGGUCGCUGCCAAUUUGAUGGCAUUUGCUGCUAUUCGUGUCGAUGGCUCUGUGGUGGUGUGGGGCCAUCAGUCCUGCGGAGGUCAGAUAGACGAGAGCUUGCAAGCCAAGCUGAGUGAGAAUGGCGGCGUCCGACGAAUCGUGACCACAGACCGGGCCUUUGCUGCUUUGAAGCGCGACGGCAGCGUUGUGAGCUGGGGCUGCAUGUAUCCAAGUGCACAAACCCCGGACCUUGGAAGACGGCGAAUUAGCAGCAUCUACUCAACCCGCGCCGCCUUCGCAGCUGUUGAUGCAGACGGCGGCGUAGUUGCAUGGGGCCACGCAGCUUGCGGUGGCGAUUGCACAGCUGUGGCCCAGCAAGUGCAGGAAGGUGUGACGCGAGUGUAUUCGACCGACAACGCUUUCGCAGCGCUGCGACGCGAUGGUUCUGUCGUGACUUGGGGAUCCCAGACCGCCGGUGGCAACUCAGAUGUCGUGCAUGACCUGCUUCAACAAGGAGUGCAGAAGGUGGUCGCAACAGAGGCUGCCUUCGCCGCUCUGUGUGCCGAUAGAAGUGUGGUAGCCUGGGGCGACCACCUUGCUGGUGGAACUCUGGAGGUGCCGCUGCAGGAUGUUGCUGACCUUUGUUCAUCGGGCAGUGCUUUUGCUGCACUGCAGAUGGAUGGAACCGUCCGGACUUGGGGCAACGAGCUGGCCGGCGGCGGCAGUACCGACCUCCCGACUCGAAUCUCCCGGCUUUUCGCAACGAACGAAGCCUUCGCUGCAAUCCGGAUCGAUGGGACCGUCGCGACAUGGGGUGACCCAGCCUCGGGCGGCAACAGCGAUGCUGUACAACACCUCCUGCAUGACGUGCAGGAGAUAUUUGCCACAAAGGCGGCAUUUGCUGCGCUUCGGUCAGAUGGCUCUGUCAUUACUUGGGGCAGCCCGAUGUAUGGAGGAAACAGCUGCCGUGUAGAACAUCAGCUUCAGGGAGGUGUUGCACGCGUCUACGCUGCCGAGUGUGCCUUUGCUGCUGCGCGCACAGACGGCUCAUUGGUUACGUGGGGAUACCCACGCUACGGCGGUUGCUGCGAAGCUGUGAGGCGAGUGAAUGUGGCCAAAGCACUGCUUGCUAUCAUGCAAGACCUGUCUGUGUCGCAGCACUGUGCUUGUGAGAAACUUCUCAUACUGCCCCUCUCAUGGAGCAUGGCUGAUGAGCUGGCUGCACUACAGCAUGCCUGGGAGACAGAGCAACAGGAGCUCCUCCGUUCCGAGAGAGUACUGCAGGCACUUCGACAAGCACAGGCAUCCCUGCGGCAACGACUCGAUGACUUGCUCGAUGAGUGCCAUCAUCUUCGCGAGGAGGUCGUUGAGAACAAUCCUGUGGCGGCGGCAUGCGUCGCAGUGGAGCAGGAGAUUGAGGCACUUUAUGAGGACCUCGAAGCCCUGGGCCCUCGGAAAGCCUCUUUGGUGCGGGAGCAGCGGAUGCACCUCCAGGCGCGAGAAGCCUGUCGCGCCCUGGAGAUCGACCGAAACCGCGCCUGCCAAAACCUUCGGGAGGCACAGAAGCCCUUGCAAGAGCAGCAUGCUGCGGUGGAAAGCCGCAUCCAGGCUGCAGAGAUCCAGGCUCGAUCCUUGGUGUCCGCAGAGGUGCAGGCGCGGGCUGAGGAGCAAAGAGAGGAGGCCCAGGAGCAGCUGCAGAAAGCACAGGAGGAGGUCGCUGAAAUGCGCCUGAAGUUGGCAGACUCCUGGGUUGCGGACAGGGUAGCGGACUCUGAGGAUAUGCAAGCCCUGGAAGAGGUGGAGAAAUCCUUGCAGUGGCUUGCGAACACCCAACAUGCUGCAUCCGCACAGACACAGCUGGUUGAGCGACUGGAGCGUAAGAAGGGCAGCCUUCAACAGCGCUUGCGAGAGGUCUCGGAAGAGAAGGCAGCACUACAGUCGACUCGCGUGGAUUUGGGAGAUGCUGGCAAGGCGAUGCGUGAAACCAUGGCCUCCCAAAGUGAGGGCUAUGUAAAGCAGCUGGUGGGCUUGGAGGAAGCCAGGCGUGCCGCCGAUUCGGACAGGAUCAAGCUGAUGCAGGACUGCGCCGACAUGCAGGAUAAGCUGGAUGGCCUGAACGCCCGCGAAGCUCGCCAGGCGUCGAUCAAGGGCCGCCACACUCAGUUGCAGGUUGCUUGCCGCUGCGUGGCUGAUGAGAGCCACCGGCUCCGAGACAUGAAUGCGGCGUUGGGCGAGAUGCUUCUGAGCGAUGAGACGCCUACGGAGUUCACGCACGACGACAGCGAUGCCGACGCGGUGAUGCGCCUGCUGCUGUUGCAAAAGAAGCUCGUGGAUCGUCAGGAGUCCUAUGCCGCAGAAAGGGAGCAGCUGGGAGACAAGGUGCGCGGCCUCGAGCGGAAGGGAGUCUCGCCGCAAUUCUUUGACCCUGCGCCUACAACGACGGCGGCAACAUCGACACAGGCUGCCUCUGGCUCACUGGUCAGCUCAGUGCGGGAGCGCUUCUCGCAAUUCCGCGAUGUCGCCUUGAAGCGGGCGUAA